AUGGCUUCUCCGACAGUCUCAGACCUUGAAAACCCAAUCACCACCUCCGCCCUUCCCUACUCCUACGCCCUAUUGCCUGACGGCGAACAACCCACCGGAAAUGAUCGCACCACCCGCCCAUCCAGAAAGACAGCCCUCUUUCUUGUGUCUGUGUUCUUGGCUGUUGCCUUUCUUGUGGCAUUGUUCGCCGGAAACAGGCCAAUGCUUCUCAAAAAUUUGAACACCAGUCCGGUGCCAUCCACGGCGGCAACUCCGGAAAAGGUAACACCUUUAUCUCGUGGGGUGGAGAAAGGUGUGUCGGAGAAAUCUUUUCUUCCAUUGUUGGGCGCAGAUAAUUCGUAUCCAUGGAGCAACAACAUGUUGGAUUGGCAAAGAACUGCCUUUCACUUCCAACCCAAGAAAAAUUGGAUGAACGAUCCAAACGGUCCAGUUUUUUACAAUGGAUGGUACCACCUGUUCUAUCAGUAUCAUCCCGAUGCUCCGGUGUGGGGCAAAAUCGUUUGGGGCCACGCCGUCUCCAAAGACUUAAUUAACUGGCGCCACCUCCCCAUCGCCAUGGAAACCGACCAGUGGUAUGACGAACAGGGUGUCUGGACUGGUUCCGCCACCAUCCUUCCCGACGGUCAACUCGUCGUACUUUAUACCGGAUCCACCAACGAAUCCGUCCAGGUCCAAAACCUAGCUUAUCCAGCCGACCCAUCUGACCCGCUCCUAAUCAACUGGGUCAAAUACCCCGGAAACCCGGUUCUCGUCCCACCACCCGGUAUCGAUAAUAAAGACUUCCGUGAUCCAACAACCGCAUGGAAGACCCCCGAGGGAAAGUGGCGAAUCACCAUCGGUUCUAAGAUCAAUAAAACCGGUAUUUCAUUGGUUUACGACACAGAAGACUUCAGAACCUUUGAGCUUUUAGACGGGUUGCUCCAUGCUGUUCCGGGCACGGGUAUGUGGGAAUGUGUGGAUUUUUACCCGAUAUCAAAACAAGGCGAGAAUGGUCUUGACACGUCAGUAGAUGGGCCCGGGGUCAAACACAUAGUCAAAGCUAGCAUGGAUGAUGACCGAAAUGACUAUUAUGCCAUCGGUACUUAUGAUGCCCAUAAGGGAAAAUGGACCCCAGAUAAUCCUACAUUAGAUGUAGGAAUCGGGUUGAGAUACGAUUAUGGAAUCUAUUACGCCUCAAAAACAUUUUUCGACCAAAACAAACAAAGAAGAGUUUUGUGGAGUUGGAUUAAAGAGACCGACACUGAAGCCUCCGACAUUAAGAAGGGUUGGGCUUCUGUCAUGGGAGUUCCUAGAACAAUUGUGUUGGAUAAAAAAACUCAAAGCAAUAUAAUUCAGUGGCCCAUUGAAGAAAUUAACCGAUUGCGGAAAAACCUUACGGUUUUUAAGGAUGUCGUUUUAGAAGUCGGCACACUCGUGCCACUCAACCUGUCUUCUGCAUCUCAGCUAGAUAUUGUGGCUGAGUUUGAAGUGGAUAAGAAGACAGUGGAGCGAUUAAACGGAGCCGAUGUUGCAUAUGAUUGUGCCAAAAAUGGUGGAGCCGCAAAACGAGGUGCAUUGGGACCAUUCGGAUUUUCAGUCCUUGCACACGAAGGUCUAGCUGAACACACUCCCGUCUAUUUCUAUGUUGCCAAAGGAGUUGAUGGGAACCUUAAAACAUUCUUUUGUGCUGAUCAAUCGAGGUCAUCUAAUGCUAAUGAUGUCGAUAAGUCUAUUUAUGGGAGCAUUGUCCCAGUUCUUAAAGGUGAAAAGUUAUCUAUGAGAAUCUUGGUGGAUCAUUCGAUAGUUGAAAGUUUUGCACAAGAGGGAAGAUCAUGUAUCACUUCACGUGUUUAUCCAACAAAGGCUAUCAACAACAAUGCUCAAUUAUUCUUGUUUAACAACGCUACAGCAACCAAAGUUACCGCCUCAGUCAACAUAUGGCAAAUGAAUUCUGCUCAUGUCUAA